GUUAGUAGCAAAUCCGAAGUUUCAUAAUACAUAGUAGUGCAUACACAGUUAAAUAUUUGUGAAAAUCUUAGUGUGAAUUUUGCUGUGAAUUGAACAUUACCCUACAAUGGCCGCAAAUCAAGCUAAUUUGGGGAAUUUUGAUGCGCUAACUAUUCAGAGUCUUUACAUUGCAAUUGCACAAAAAGUGUGUAUUGAAGAAUACGGAAUUGGAGCGCUUUCAAAUGCUACAGAAAGAUUUUUUAACGCAACCCUUAACCGGUGGAUGUGUCCUGCAUUUUUUGACGGGAUAAUGUGUUGGCCAAAUACACCUGCCAAUAGAACUGCUGAACAACAAUGUCCAACCUACGUUAUAGGAAUCGACAAAGAGAAAGAAAAUGCUUCUAGAUUCUGCACUAGUAGUGGACAGUGGUAUAUAUCAGAACAUAAUCAUGCUUACUGGACCAACUAUACCCAGUGCUACGGAAGCAACAAAGCACUUGUGAGGAUGAAUAUAUCAAUGGACGAUGAGCCAGAUUUAACGGGUUCGCUUAUAGCGAAGUACAUAUGGUCUAUUAAAACAUUAUCAAGAGUUGGUUAUAGCAUAUCUCUUAUCACACUUAUUGUAGCAUUUAUCGUAAUGUUUUCAAUUAAGAAGUUACACUGUCCCAGAAAUAAACUGCAUAUGCAUCUUUUUGCUUCAUUUAUCUUUCGGGCCUUUAUAUCCCUACUUAAGGAUGCCUUAUUUAUCCAGGGGAUUGGUUUAGCUUCGGAUAUGAAAUAUAGGAAUGGAUCGCUAUAUUUCUAUGAAGAUACAGAGAAUAAUAAUUGGAGUUGCAAAUUAUUAACAAGUCUCUGGGAAUUUUUUAUAACGGCAAAUUAUUCGUGGAUAUUAAUGGAAGGGGUUUAUUUGCACAAUCUCAUAUUUAGGGCGUUAUUUAGCGACACAGACUCCAAUCUUAGAAACUACAUCAUUUUCGGAUGGGGUACACCUGCAUUGGUGAUUAUUCCAUGGGCUAUCACUAGAGCAACUACAGAAGAUACUUUUUGCUGGACGACUCAUGAUGACGAAAAAAUGACUUUUUUGAUUUUAAGUAUACCUGUUAUCAUAUCAAUACUGGUAAACUUUGUACUUUUCAUAAAAAUAACAGCAAUGAUUAUGAAAAAACUACGAUCAUCGCUUAAUGCGGAAGCCCAACGAUACAAAAAGUGGGCAAGGUCAACGCUUGUGUUGGUUCCUUUAUUUGGAGUUCAUUAUGCUGUAUUAUUGGGAAUGUCAUUCUGCAUGGGGCGAAAUCAAACGGUGGAACUGAUUUGGCUAUUUUGUGAUCAACUCUUUGCCUCUUCUCAGGUAAUUUAA